CAUUCCAGAUGUGCAAGUUAUCUUGAUGAUCAAUAUUUUAAAAAUGUGUUCACGGUGAGGGCAUGAUCCAGCGAAUGACGGAGGCAAUGGCGUCGUAGGGUCACCACUUAUUUGCUCAUCGAGGUGUAAUCGUGUAAGGUCGCGAUGGGCGCGUCGGGCGUAUCCGACGAGUACACGCCGCCGCGGCUCUCGCGGCUGCUGCACGCGCUGCCGCACGUCAACGUCACGCUGCACCGCGUGAACGACACCUUCGCGCCCAACUCGCCCGUCUACCUCGAGAGCUUGGGCAUACUCGGCUCCAUACCUGGCGCGUGGCUGAUCCUGACACUGACGGUGCUGCUCAUUUACUUGCUCACGCGAUGCUGCGAUAGGAAGCCGCGACCACCCAGGAGCAUCACCGCUCUCAAGAUUACACUGAUGAUCCUAUCGGUGCUAUGUUGCGGCGCCAUCGGCGUCGGCCUGUUCGGGAACGAUGACCUGCACAACGCGAUGCUGCAGAGCAUCCAAGCCGGCAACCAGCUUGCGGCCCUCGUCAACACGGUGAAGAAUCAGUCAAGUAUCCUCGAAGAAGCGAUGGGUUCUCGCGCCCGCGCUCCCUUAGCGCGAUUGGCAGACGCGUUAGACGCGCCGAUAGCGAACCAAACAGCGCUUGGUACGCUGCUAAGAGCGCUGUCAGCGCUGCGAAACAAUGCCAGCGCUGCCGCCUCCGCCGCUGACAACUUGAGGCGGCCGCUCGCAGCGCUGAAUCUGGAUGCAUUUAUGAAGCGCGUAUGGGUAUGGGAGGCGGCGCGCUGGGCAGGCGGCAUGGCGGGCUGGUGCUGCGGCGGCGCCGUGUGCGUGGCGCUGCUGGCCGCCGCCGCGCGCCGCAGCCGCCGGGCGCUGCUGCUGCUGUGUGUGGGAGCCUUAGGCGCGUUGGUAGCGUGCUGGGCGGGCAGCGCGCUGGUGACGGCGGGCGCGGUGGCGGCGGCCGACGCCUGCCAGGACCCCGCCGCCGCGCUGGCUGCCCACGCGCCGCACAACCUGCCGCAGGACAUGGUGCACUACUACCUAUCAUGCAAGGUUUCCCGCGAGAAUGUGCUCACAGCAGAACUUCGGAAUGCGCAACGCGCGGUCGUAGCCGUGCGUCAGGCGCUCGCCGUGUUGGCUCGUGGCGCGCCGCAACUGUUCAAUGACCCUGGGCUGCAGCCAGCAUUGGGCGCCUUAGGAGCAGGCACAGCGGAGGCCGAGCGUGCUUUAGUAUCCCUAAGCAGCGCGUUGGAAUGCCGCAUGGCGCGCGCUUACUUCGUAGCCGGCGCGCGCGCAGCUUGCGACGGCGGCCUGCAGGCUCUAUCGCUGCAGCUGCUCGCGGCUAUCGCAGCUGGAUUUCUUUUCACUGCCAUCGUACUAGUCGACUCACAUGCCUGGAUCUACAUCAAUACAAAGCGGAGUGGCACAGGAGAGGAACAGGCGCCAUUCCUCUCCUCUGGAGGAAGCAGUGCUGCUAGCAGGACCCUGCCGAGACCGGCGCCAUUCCCUAAUGGCAAGCCGCCGUCUUAUAGCGCCGCUGUGCAGCUAAUGGACCUGGGAGAUAGGGAGCGGCCGAGACCGGCGCCAUUCCCUAAUGGGAAGCCGCCGUCUUAUAGCGCCGCUAUGCAGCUAAUGGACCUGGGAGAUAGGGAGCGGCCGAGGUACGGGUCAGGCAGCGCCACUUUGGGUCGCGGCGCGGGCGGCGAGCGCGCGGCUAACGCGCUCGGCACCUUUGGCGGCUCGCACACGUCGCGCAUGUCGGGCAGCGCGACUUUAGGUCGCGGCGCGGGCGGCGAGCGCGCGUCUCUCGGCGCUUUAGGCGCGAGCCACACGCUCGGCCGGCCGCACAACGGCAAGUACGCCACGCUCAGCAAGCAGUGCAAGACGCUGGAGAGCAACGACUUCUACUGAGACCGGCCCGGCGGCGGCGCGCCCACUGACAACGCUGCCCAAGCCGGGCGCGCGACGAGCCUGAACCGCUUCGACCCGAAGUACGCGUCGUUCGGGCCCCGCGCGCCCCGCCCGCGCCCCGCCGCGCCCCCCUCGUUAGCUACCUUCGCCCCGCCCGCCGACAAAUACGCCACAGUACGGGCCCCCAGGCGCCCUGAGCCGCAACCGUUGUCCGCAGCAGCCCUAGAAUACCGCUCGCUGCAACGCCCCCGCCGGCAACAACCGAACACGGCCACGCAGCACCGUCGACGCCCCGAACGCCCCGAGCGAGCGGAACGCCCCGAACGCCCCGACCGCCAGCAUCAAGACCACCGCGAUUUGUACGCGGUGACGGAGCUGUAGCGAACAGGCCACGUCAGGUCAGUCGUGGCUGCCGAUGUGAACUGCUCCACGUUCGUUUGUAACGUGUAACGGACUUUUGAUACCUUUUAAGUGACAGAAUUGGUUGACAGACGUUUAAACUUUAGAAUACCGCUCGCUGCAACGCCCCCGCCGGCAACAACCGAACACGGCCACGCAGCACCGUCGACGACCCGAACGCCCCGAGCGCGCGGAACGCCCCGAACGCCCCGACCGCCAGCAUCAAGACCACCGCGAUCUGUACGCGGUGACGGAGCUGUAGCGAACAGGCCACGUCAGGUCAGUCGUGGCUGCCGAUGUGAACUGCUCCACGUUCGUUUGUAACGUGUGAAUGACUUACUCUUACUAAUUAUAUACUUCGACUAGUAAUCUUGAUCCUUUUAAAAGUGACAGAAUCUGAUGACAGACGUUCAAACUUUAAAUCAAUAUUAAGAAACAGAUGAAGAUUUCUUUCAAGUAGCCGUUUACACAGACAUGUACGGUGUAGGAAAAAACAAACAAGAAUCUCAAAGCAGCUGACAUUAAAACAUGAAACCAAAUAUAAGUGACACAUAGAACAAAACGCUUUAUGAGACUGAAAAAGCAAAGCGUUUAUGUUAACAAAUGGUGAGAAGUGAUAGAGUUAAGUGGACGAAAUAUAGUCGUAUGACUUGUGACCACUGGCCAUUCAAACAUUCACUAUGCCCAUCAUAGUAGAAUACUAGAGUGGCAGCUAUUAAAAUAUGAAGUUAUGGAGACAAGGUGACGAAACAGUUUCGUGGGUUUAGGAUAUAAACUGUAAUUUGACGUUCCCAAAGCUCAUGCUGUCUUUCUUUAACGCGUAAAGAGUGGAAAGGACAACAUUACUUAUGAACUGUCAAAAUAUUUGACGUUUGUGUCGAAAUCAAUAAUUGAUUUGUAAACCAAGCAAAAACAAAUAUAUAAAGAAAAGAAUUAAGACUUUUAAUUCUAAGUAGAUUUAACUCUAACGGCAAUACAUUUUUAAUGAGAAUAAAAUUACAUGUAAAAUCAAUUUCAAUAAUAUUUAGUGAAUGAAUUGUGAAAGGUUAACUGUUAUGUAUGUCAACUUUGAAUAUGGCAAAUAAUUGACGGCACAUGGUCAAAACUGUCAAAACUUUACAUAUUGACCUCGAGAUAAUACUGGUGGUUAUUUAUCUGUAUCUAAAACAGAUAAUUUACAAUAAUAUUACGUAUUUAAAGGUCAAUACGUAUCAAUUCUAUGCAGACCUCUAAAAAUAAUUUAAUUAAAAAGACUACAGCAGAGUGAAUAUGUGUCAGCACCUGUUCAAAUUUGCUCAAAUCUUUGUAAUUUUAUCGUAAAUGGUCAAAUUUUUUAUGCGAUGGAGUGCUAGUGAGAAUGUCUAGGUAAUUAUAUUCCUUUACAUCAUAUCUUAAACUUUAUUUAGUCAAAUUCGAGCGGACUUGAGAGCUGGCCUAUUACUUUUAUUAAAAAGUUUAUACUAACUAAUAAUCUUCAUGAAUAUUAACAAAUAAACUAGGCACAUAAAUUAGCACAAUUUUUAAACUGAUUUUGGUUAAAGUGUGCGCUCUUUCCAAAACAAUGUCCAUACUAAAGGCUGUGUUAAAGUGUUUAAUAAAUAAUGACCAAUAAACCCAGUUCGUUUAAACAUUUUAUUAAGAAAUACUUGACUGUGACCGAUACACUCUUUUUACUCAGUUUUCGCUCAAUCUAGGUUUAGGAUACCUGAAGAACGGUCUUACUAUCUCUAGCCGUUUGUUAUCAAUGGUUGAUAACUCUUGAUGCUCGUUCAAGGUAUGGAAGAGAUGCCAAAUCUUAGGGAAUACAAUUUUUUGGCAUUUUCUUAAUAUAAAACAACGUAGCCCGGCUUAAGUCCGAGAAGUCACGUUUGUAUUGUAUGUGUAUACAAUAACUUCAAUGUAUAUAGUAAUUAUUACGAUUAUCUAUACAUAAUUUUAUAUAGUCUGUUUAUGUGUGAUUCGAGUUUUUUAAUACUUGUACAUUUGAGUCAAACGAAUACACAG